UGUAAAAUAACUGUUGUGAGUACAAGUGAUAAAUGGCGUGUAUGAGACUCUUUUCCUUUUGAUGCUUCUUCUCUUGACCCGCACACCUCCACGUCCAUAAAUCGUCAGCUCCUGUCAGGAGGUCCAAGGAUGCCAGAUGGAGGGAAUAAACAGAGCCGACACCGGGCCCCCCACCACCAGGACCAUGUCCAAGGUGGUGGGAGCGUGCGUCCGAGCCGGGCUGCGCCUGGGAGCGCCCAGCAGGGCUCUGGCGGUGGCGGCGGCGCCAGCACCCGGAGAGGGCAGGCGAGGUGCGGGAGGAGCGGACGGAGUGAGGAGCUUCCAGGAGAUCCCUCACACGGGCAGGAGCGGAUGGAUCAACCUGGUCCAGGUCUGGAGGGAGGACGGCUUCAGGCUGCUCCACAAGCGCAUGGAGAGGACCUUCCAGAACCUUGGACCUAUUUACAGAGAGAAGCUGGGCACUCAGAGCAGCGUGAACAUCAUGUUGCCGGGCGACGUGGCGCAGCUGUACCGCUCCGAGGGCCCGUACCCGCGGCGGAUGAUCCUGCAGCCGUGGGCGACGCACCGAGAGACUCGCCAGCACAGCAAGGGAAUCUUCCUCAAGAACGGUGAGGAGUGGCGCUCCGACCGCCUCCUCCUCAACAAGGAGGUGAUGGUGAGCGCCGCCGUCCGGCGUUUCCUCCCCCUGCUGGACCAGGUGGCCAGGGAUUUCUGCCGGAUGCUCGGGGACCGGGUGGAGGCCGCGGGCGGCGGACUGACGCUGGACCCCAGUCCGGACCUCUUCCGCUUUGCACUGGAAGCCAGCUGCCAUGUUCUCUACGGCGAGCGUGUGGGCCUCUUCUCCUCCUCGCCCUCGCUGGAGUCAGAGAAGUUCAUCGUGGCGGUGGAGAGAAUGUUGGCCACGACUCCGCCCCUCCUCUACCUGCCCGCCUCCCUGCUGGAACGCGUGGGCGCCCCCCUGUGGACUCAGCACGCCGCAGCCUGGGACCACAUCUUCAGCCAAGCCGAGAGCAGCAUCCAGAGGUGCUUCCGGCGCUUGUCCUCCGAGGUGGCCGCCGGGACCAAGACAGACCGGUACAGCGGCGUUCUGGGACAACUGCUGGAGAAAGGACAGCUGUCUCAGGACCUCAUCAAGGCCAACAUCACUGAGCUGAUGGCUGGAGCUGUGGACACGGUGAGUGUGGGUCUCUGUGUGGGUGUGUUUGUGUGUGUUGAUGUUGUGUUGCCGUGUCCCCAGACUGCGGUCCCCCUGCAGUUCGCUCUGUUCGAGUUGAGUCGCAACGCGGACGUGCAGGACAGCGUGAGGCAGCAGGUGAAGGCGUCGUGGGCUCAAGCAGGCGGUGAUCCUCAAAAAGCCCUGCAGGGGGCGCCACUGCUUAAAGGCACCGUGAAGGAGAUUCUAAGGUUGUAUCCAGUAGGCAUUGCUGUUCAGCGAUAUCCCGUAAGAGAUAUCAUUCUUCACAACUACAAGGUUCCAGCAGGGACCAUGGUCCAAGUGUGUCUUUACCCUCUGGGGAGGAGUGCAGAGGUCUUUGACAAGCCGCUGACCUUUGACCCUGGACGGUGGGGGGCGGAGAGAGGCGGCGAGGAGGGGGCGGGCUUUCGCUCGCUGGCGUUCGGCUUCGGGGCGAGACAAUGUGUCGGCCGCAGGAUCGCAGACAACGAGAUUCAACUCUGCCUCAUGCACAUCCUGCUGAACUUCCACCUCAGUGUGUCGUCCUCACGAGACCUCGACACCAAAGUUACGCUCAUCCUUCAGCCUGAGACUCCACCCAGGAUCACCUUCCGGAAGAUCUGAGACACACACACACACACACACACACACACACACACACACACACACACACACACACACACACACACACACACACACACACACACACACACACACACACACACACACACACACACACACACAGAGAGAGAGAGAGAGACAUGUUAGCAUGCCGUACAAAGAGCAGCGAGAGACGAGGACCAGAACCAGCAGAGGACUUCCAGAAUCUGCUGACCCGAGCCCAUGGUGUGGUUCCAGGGUGUCAUCAUACAGGAUCUCCUUCCCGCACGCAGCCCGACCACCUGGUCCUGGUCCUGAGGUGGUGGAUCAGAUCCAGACGCUGCACCUUCAGCUUGUGGUCCUCCCCAAGUACUGCGACGUCAUGUGUGAUGUCACCACUCUGUUGUCUUCUGUGUGAUGUCACCACUCUGUUGUCUUCUGUGUGAUGUCACCACUCUGUUGUCUUCUACCAUCAUGUGUGAUGUCACCACUCUGUUGUCUUCUACCAUCAUGUGUGAUGUCACCACUCUGUUGUCUUCUGUGUGAUGUCACCACUCUGUUGUCUUCCACCAUCAUGUGUGAUGUCACCACUCCGUUGUCUUCUACCAUCAUGUGUGAUGUCACCACUCUGUUGUCUUCUACCAUCAUGUGUGAUGUCACCACUUUGUUGUCUUCUGUGUGAUGUCACCACUCUGUUGUCUUUUGUGUGAUGUCACCACUCUGUUGUCUUCUACCAUCAUGUGUGAUGUCACCACUCUGUUGUCUUCUACCAUCAUGUGUGAUGUCACCACUCUGUUGUCUUCUGUGUGAUGUCACCACUCUGUUGUCUUCUACCAUCAUGUGUGAUGUCACCACUUUGUUGUCUUCUGUGUGAUGUCACCACUCUGUUGUCUUCUGUGUGAUGUCACCACUCUGUUGUCUUCUACCAUCAUGUGUGAUGUCACCACUUUGUUGUCUUCUGUGUGAUGUCAUCACUCUGUUGUCUUCUGUGUGAUGUCACCACUCUGUUGUCUUCUGUGUGAUGUCACCACUCUGUUGUCUUCUACCAUCAUAUGUGAUGUCACCACUCUGUUGUCUUCUGUGUGAUGUCACCACUCUGUUGUCUUCUGUGUGAUGUCACCACUCUGUUGUCUACUACCAUCAUGUGUGAUGUCACCACUCUGUUGUCUUCUGUGUGAUGUCACCACUCUGUUGUCUUCUACCAUCAUGUGUGAUGUCACCACUCUGUUGUCUUCUGUGUGAUGUCACCACACUGUUGUCUACUACCAUCAUGUGUGAUGUCACCACUCUGUUGUCUUCUGUGUGAUGUCACCACUCUGUUGUCUACUACCAUCAUGUGCGGUGUCACCACUCUGUUGUCUUCUGUGUGAUGUCACCACUCUGUUGUCUUCUGUGUGAUGUCACCACUCUGUUGUCUACUACCAUCAUGUGUGAUGUCACCACUCUGUUGUCUUCUGUGUGAUGUCACCACUCUGUUGUCUACUACCAUCAUGUGCGAUGUCACCACUCUGUUGUCUUCUGUGUGAUGUCACCACUCUGUUGUCUACUACCAUCAUGUGCGAUGUCACCACUCUGUUGUCUUCUGUGUGAUGUCACCACUCUGUUGUCUUCUGUGUGAUGUCACCACUCUGUUGUCUACUACCAUCAUGUGUGAUGUCACCACUCUGUUGUCUUCUGUGUGAUGUCACCACUCUGUUGUCUACUACCAUCAUGUGCGAUGUCACCACUCUGUUGUCUUCUGUGUGAUGUCACCACUCUGUUGUCUACUACCAUCAUGUGUGAUGUCACCACUCUGUUGUCUUCUGUGUGAUGUCACCACUCUGUUGUCUUCUACCAUCAUGUGUGAUGUCACCACUCUGUUGUCUUCUGUGUGAUGUCACCACUCUGUUGUCUUCUACCAUCAUGUGUGAUGUCACCACUCUGUUGUCUUCUACCAUCAUGUGUGAUGUCACCACUCUGUUGUCUUCUACCAUCAUGUGUGAUGUCACCACUCUGUUGUCUUCUACCAUCAUGUGUGAUGUCACCACUCUGUUGUCUACUACAUCAUGUGUGAUGUCACCACUCUGUUGUCUACUACAUCAUGUGUGAUGUCACCACUCUGUUAUCUACUACCAUCAUGUGUGAUGUCACCACUCUGUUGUCUUCUACCAUCAUGUGUGAUGUCACCACUCUGUUGUCUUCUGUGUGAUGUCACCACUCUGUUGUCUUCUGUGUGAUGUCACCACUCUGUUGUCUUCUACCAUCAUGUGUGAUGUCACCACUCUGUUGUCUUCUGUGUGAUGUCACCACUCUGUUGUCUACUACCAUCAUGUGUGAUGUCACCACUCUGUUGUCUUCUGUGUGAUGUCACCACUCUGUUGCCUACUACCAUCAUGUGCGAUGUCACCACUCUGUUGUCUUCUGUGUGAUGUCACCACUCUGUUGUCUUCUGUGUGAUGUCACUACUCUGUUGUCUACUACCAUCAUGUGUGAUGUCACCACUCUGUUGUCUUCUGUGUGAUGUCACCACUCUGUUGUCUACUACCAUCAUGUGCGAUGUCACCACUCUGUUGUCUUCUGUGUGAUGUCACCACUCCGUUGUCUUCUGUGUGAUGUCACCACUCUGUUGUCUACUACCAUCAUGUGUGAUGUCACCACUCUGUUGUCUUCUGUGUGAUGUCACCACUCUGUUGUCUACCACCAUCAUGUGCGAUGUCACCACUCUGUUGUCUUCUGUGUGAUGUCACCACUCUGUUGUCUACUACCAUCAUGUGUGAUGUCACCACUCUGUUGUCUUCUGUGUGAUGUCACCACUCUGUUGUCUACUACCAUCAUGUGUGAUGUCACCACUCUGUUGUCUUCUGUGUGAUGUCACCACUCUGUUGUCUUCUACCAUCAUGUGUGAUGUCACCACUCUGUUGUCUUCUGUGUGAUGUCACCACUCUGUUGUCUUCUACCAUUAUGUGUGAUGUCACCACUCUGUUGUCUUCUACCAUCAUGUGUGAUGUCACCACUCUGUUGUCUUCUACCAUCAUGUGUGAUGUCACCACUCUGUUGUCUUCUACCAUCAUGUGUGAUGUCACCACUCUGUUGUCUACUACAUCAUGUGUGAUGUCACCACUCUGUUGUCUACUACAUCAUGUGUGAUGUCACCACUCUGUUAUCUACUACCAUCAUGUGUGAUGUCACCACUCUGUUGUCUACUACCAUCAUGUGUGAUGUCACCACUCUGUUGUCUUCUACCAUCAUGUGUGAUGUCACCACUCUGUCGUCUUCUACCAUCAUGUGUGAUGUCACCACUCUGUUGUCUUCUACCAUCAUGUGUGAUGUCACCACUCUGUUGCCUUCUACCAUCAUGUGUGAUGUCACCACUCUGUUGUCUUCUACCAUCCUGGAAAUGACCCAAGCCUUGACUUUGGUGUAUUUUGUUUCUUUGCAAAAAAUGUCAUUGUCAAAUCUGAGGGGGUUUUAGCAUCCUGAUAGAACACCGAGGAGUACCUGCUGGUGUCCAGAGAGCCAGCCCUACAUUCUGUACUAAGAUACCACGCUGCACCACCUGUGUCUCAAAGCUCCAAAUAAAUAUUCA